CAGCUGGAGGUCACAAUGACUAAACAAGGAGAUCCCAAUGUUUAUUCCGUACCAUUAGCAGACUAUGAUGGAUCCAGAGCAGGAGGAAAUACUAUGACCACUGAAAACUGUAACAACAAAGCUAGGCUAGCAUUUGGACUUAAACUAGGAACUGAAUGGCGAAACGGUACCAUUACAUGCAGGGCAAAAAAUAGUGAUGUCUUUGAGGAUGGUGAUGUAGAACAAAAUGAUACUGCUAUCUUAUAUCUGAUACCUGCUGAUUUUUGCAUUGGUGAAACUGCAAAUACGUAUAAAGCAAACCCAUAUAGCUGUAACAAGUAUGUUCAGUGUUACAAUGACCUAUCCUAUGGCCGUGGUUGUGGAGAGCAGUGCUAUACUGGUCUGUCUGUGGCCCCCCUAUGUGGUGACUGUCAGACUUAUCCUUGUACUAGCAUACCAACAACAACUACCACUACCACACAAGCUACAACAACGCCACCACCAGAUGUAUUUGCAACAUGCAGUGGUGUAAAUAGUUUGAUCGGCUCAUCGGCAAAUGUAACAUGUAGUGUAAACAAAGUCACGUACAGUUAUAUCAAUGUGACAUUCACCCCGAGCAAAACACAGACGUCAAGCCACGUUGUCGAUAUUCACCCUACCGGUGUUGUCAAUGACGACAGCGGUGCAAACAGGGAUGUGACAGUGUCCAAUGCUGGGAAAGACAUCACCAUUGCUUUUACAUUGUUGGCCUGUAGUGAUGAGGGUGUUUUUCAUUUCAAUGUAUUUGCGGUAUCCGGGGACUCAUCCACGACUGCGUACGUUGGCGUUAGAGAUACUCCGAAAACCAACCCAACGUUAACUUCAGCAACUCGCGUUGCUACUGGACAUACACUUUCUCCUGCUAUCAAUUGUUCUGGCGAGACCGGUUAUCCAUCCGGAAUUAUCAACCUGCAAAUAAAAAUGGAUGGAUCAAGUUCAUUUGUUAACUUCACAGAGUUCACAAAAACGGAAUCAUCUACAGAUGACAAUUGCGCAGUUACAAAAGAAGUAUUAUUCAGCGGUACCCCAACAACGGCUAUAAACGGGUCAUACAUUAGAUGUGCAACAGAUCAUCCAGACGCCGUUAGCACUCUUUACUCAACGGAAGAAUUAGUUUUGGUUGUUGAUGGAACCUUGUGCAAUGGAAAAAGAUCUAACGCACUACUGUAUCAUCCUUACAGUUGCGGCGUUUAUAUAACUUGCGACAAUAACUUCUUGCAUGUUUUUAAAUGCGGUGUUGGUGCUCCGUGUAUACGAAUAAAUGAAACAUCCGCAACAGGUUUUUGCGAUAGGACGUGUACACAUUGCCCAAGUUACCAUGUUUUUAUUCCUGGCAGUGGCAAAUGAAAGUAUGGCUCCAAGAUUACAGAGUGCUCAUUGCUCUCAAUCAUUUAAGCUCCAUAUAUUUGAAGGACUAAAAAGGAGUAAUCAGAUGGCAACCUUAAGGAAUAGCUUUGUUGAUGGACGAUAUUUCUAAGCAAAAUGAUUACAUCGAUUUUUCUGAUUUCAUAUACAUUUUAUAGAUAUUAAUAUUGUUACAUUUCGUUCAAGAACAAUACUUUGUUAAUUGUAUUGAAAGCAGCAGGUCAAAUAUCAGAAAUGAAGAAUGGUGUUACCGAAUCCAGGUAACGAUGUGACACAGACACACUAUUACGUGACCUUGUAUAUUCCCCACCAUAUGAUGCUAUUUUCGUUAUUUGAUCUGUGUUAUUGCAGAGACAUAGCAAACCAACUAACAUUCAUAGCAGUCAAUCAAAAAUAAAGUUGUUUUAUUUGCUUUCAUUAACAAUUGAUUGUAAAGAUAAUGAAAUGUUCUAGCAAAAUUUGUUGAGUGUUAAUACAUGUUGGCUAAACAAAAUUAAAAAAAAAACCGGCUGAAAAGCUAGAGUGUUUAUCAUGCUAAAUAUUCAAAUGCGAGUGAUGUGGGUUACAAUACCAUGCCUUUGCCAUUUUAUAUAUUCUAAAUUUUAAACAAUUUUGAAGUUACUUGCUUUAUUUCAAUUCCACCCACGUGAUGAUUAGAAAGGUCCUUUAUCGAUACACUUUCAUACGAUUGUUUUUUUAAUUACGUUUUCAUGCCUUUAAUACAUAGCCACAAUGUUUUAAAGAUUUCAAAGUAAUUUCAGCAUUUAGUUGUAUCUAUCGGAGGGUAGAAUGAACGAUAAAACCAGCAUGCACAUAUGAAUUCACGGUUGCAGUGACGCUUAUAAGUAUUAUUACCAGCAUGUUAUUUAUAUUCCCAAGACAUUGUACCGUGAUGAAGCUAAUUACUGAUAAAACGCCAUUACCAAUUUAGAAGAUGUCGAUUUCUGUCUGUAAGCUGGAAUUAGAUAACAUAUGAAAAACUGUACUUCACCAAUGAAUAUAACAAUCAAAUAUAUAUCUUACUUUUACCCUGUCCCGAAUAAAUUCGUCCCAAUUAAUGGAU